UCCUCCUCCUCCCUCCUCCUCCUCCUCUCCAUGGAUCACACACACACCAUGGAGGGCAGCUGCCGCCCGCAUCCCCCGGAUCAGGAGGGCAUAGAGUCCUGGCUGGACGACCACCUGGACUUCACCCGCUCAUACUUUGUACGGAAAGCUACGAGAGAAAUGGUCAAUGCAUGGUUUGCUGAAAGGGUUCAUACAAUACCAGCAUCAAAAGAAGGAGGCAAAAGCAAUACAGAACAUAACCAGCAGGCCACGUCUUCUGAAAUCACCAACCAAGGGGCACCAGUAAGAAAGAUUUCAGCUUCGGAGUUUGACCGGCCUCUCAGGCCCAUCGUAGUUAAAGACUCUGAGGGAGCACUGACAUUUCUUGCCGAUUCAGAAAAGAAGGAACAGAUGCCUCUGCAACCCCCCAUUAUAUCGACUGCAAGCGAUCAGUGCUCAAGGCUUCUGGAACUGGUGAAAGAUAUAUCAAGUCAUCUAGACGUCACUGCCCUUUGUCAUAAAAUCUUCUUACACAUUAAUGAACUUAUAUCUGCGGACCGAUACUCCCUUUUCUUGGUGUGCGAGGAUAGUUCCAAUGAGAAGUUUCUGGUCAGCAGACUAUUUGAUGUAGCUGAAGGCACAACACUGGAGGAGGCUUCAAAUAACUGCAUCCGUCUGGAGUGGAGUAAGGGCAUUGUAGGCUAUGUAGCAGAGUAUGGACAGCCUUUAAACAUAAAAGAUGCAUACAAGGAUUCCAGAUUCAAUGCGGAAGUCGACCAAAUUACUGGGUACAAAACACAAAGUAUUCUUUGUAUGCCAAUAAAGAACCAAAGAGAAGAGGUGGUUGGGGUGGCUCAGGCAAUCAAUAAGAAAUCUGGAAAUAAUGGCACAUUUACUGAACAAGAUGAGAAGGACUUUGCUGCUUACCUGGCAUUCUGUGGCAUUGUACUGCACAACGCCCAGCUGUAUGAGACCUCGCUGCUGGAGAACAAACGCAAUCAGGUGCUCCUUGAUCUUGCCACCUUUAUCUUUGAGGAGCAGCAAUCACUGGAAGUUAUUUUAAAGAAGAUAGCAGCCACAAUUCUUUCCUUCAUGCAAGCUCAGAGAUGUACCAUCUUCAUUGUGGAUGAGGACUGCCCUGAUACCUUUUCCAGUGUAUUUCACAUGGAGUCUGAUGAAUUAAAAGAAGCUGCAGAUACCAUAAAAAGGGAAUAUGAUGUAAACAAAAUAAAUUACAUGUAUGCCCAAUAUGUGGCAAAUACCAUGGAACCACUGAACAUACCCAAUGUGUGCAAAGACAAGAGGUUUUCUUGGACAAACGAAAAUGAAGAAAAUAACAGCAAGAACAUUCAGAGUUUACUGUGCACGCCUAUUAAGAAUGGAAAGAAGAAUAAAGUUAUAGGAGUUUGCCAACUUGUAAACAAGGUAGAAGAAAACGCUGGCAAAAUCAAGACCUUCAACAGAAAUGAUGAGCAAUUUUUGGAAGCCUUUGCAAUUUUCUGUGGCUUGGGGAUACAGAACACCCAGAUGUAUGAAGUUGUGGAGAGAGCAAUGGCCAAACAAAUGGUGACAUUAGAGAUUCUUUCAUAUCAUGCAUCUGCUGCUGAAGAGGAAACAAUGGAGCUGCAGGUAACAGCGGGAGCUGUCGUGCCAUCUGCACAAUCACUUAAAUUAACGGACUUCUACUUCAGUGACUUUGAUCUCUCUGACAUAGAAACCACAUUAGCCACAAGUCGAAUGUUCACAGACCUCAACCUUGUGCAGACCUUCCAAAUGAAAUACGAGACUCUCUGUAGAUGGAUUUUAAGUGUGAAGAAAAACUAUAGGAAGAAUGUAGCCUACCACAACUGGAGACAUGCCUUUAAUACAGCACAAUGUAUGUUUGCUGCACUGAAGACUGGCAAGAUUCAGAGUAAACUAUCUGAUCUGGAGAUUUUGGCUUUGAUGAUUGCCACAUUGAGCCAUGAUUUGGAUCACAGAGGGGUCAAUAACUCCUUUAUACAGAGAAGUGAACAUCCAUUAGCACAACUAUACUGUCAUUCUAUUAUGGAGAACCACCACUUUGACCAGUGCCUCAUGAUACUAAAUAGCCAGGGUAACCAGAUUCUGAGCGGGCUUUCUGUUCAGGAUUACAAGGCUGCACUGAAGAUGAUAAAACAGGCCAUCCUCGCUACAGAUCUGGCACUUUAUAUAAAGAGGAGAGGGGAUUUCUUUGAACUUAUAAAAAGAAAGAAAUUCAAGUGGGAUGAUCCAACACAAAAAGAAUUGUUUGUGGCAAUGCUGAUGACUGCUUGUGAUCUGUCUGCAAUAACAAAACCCUGGCCAGUUCAACAGCGGAUAGCAGAACUUGUCGCUACAGAAUUUUAUGACCAAGGGGAUAAAGAGAGGAGGGAGCUGAAUAUCGAACCAAUUGAUCUCAUGAACAGAGAGAAGAAAGACAAAAUACCCAGCAUGCAGGUUGGAUUUAUUGACGCAAUCUGCUUAGAGCUUUAUGAGGCCUUAACGCAGGUAUCAGAGUCUUGUUACCCACUGCUGGAGGGCUGUCUGAGGAACAAAGGGAAGUGGCAGGUUUUGGCCGAGCAGCAAGAGAAAGGUCUGAUGAACGGAGACAGCAGUCAGCCUAAAAUGAACUGUGACAUUGAAUAAGCAACAGCAACAGCAGCUCUCUUUUUUGUGGUACAAAUUAGUAUUACACUGUUUGAAACAUGAAAUAUAUUUUGCCACUUAUAUUUAUUAAUUUCACAUUUUCGUUUAAGGAAAUAAUAAGCAAAUGUAAAUGAAAUUACAUUGUAAUGUUUUCUACAGAAGCAAUAUAUUUUCUGAUGUAUAUAAGGUUACAUCCACAGUUUGGAGCUCCUUGGGGAUGUCGCUUGUUUGUAUUGCCUCUUUAGGAUCAGUGCCUUAAUGCAUGGACCGGUUCCACUUUAACUAAACAGAAGGUCACCUGUGGUGGCCAGCACAAUGCUCCU